UGACAUCAACACCGCACCACAACGCUUCACUAGCUCACUUCCAUCACGGACUUUGCGUAGGACUUAAGCUGCUCUAUGACCGAAUAGCUCUUGCUGUAGCUCAGGUACAACUAUCUUCGCUGCUUCCUUUCCGCUCUAUUUCCAUUGACCACAACUUCUCUAUCCAUUGAGAGACCAAUUCACUUCGCAACCACGAACAGAAGCAAAAACACCCACCAACAUCGCAAACAUGUCCUUCUUGUUCGAGCCAGCGCCUGAGCCGGCCACCCCACUAGGCCGCUACCGCGUCCUCUCCUCCACCGCCGGCGUCCGCGUCUCCCCUCUCCAGCUCGGCGCCAUGUCCAUUGGCGAAGCCUGGAACGACUUCAUGGGCAGCAUGUCCAAAGAAGACAGCUUCAAGCUGCUCGACGCUUUUGAAGCCGCGGGCGGAAACUUCAUCGACACAGCCAACAACUACCAGAACGAGCAAUCGGAAGAGUGGAUUGGCGAGUGGAUGGCCAAGAAGAAGAACAGGGAUUAUAUGGUGAUUGCGACCAAGUUCACCACUGGUUAUCGCGUUGAGAAGGAUGGCAAGGGAAAGACUGUGAAUCAUGCUGGAAACCACAAGAGGAGUUUGCAUAUGAGUUUGAGGGAUAGUUUGAGGAAGUUGCAGACGGAUUAUAUUGAUAUUCUGUAUCUGCACUGGUGGGACUGGACUACCAGCAUCGAGGAAAUCAUGGAUUCACUCGAUGCAGUUGUCAAGUCAGGCAAGGUCCUCUACCUCGGAAUCUCAGACAGCCCGGCCUGGGUCGUGUCUGCCGCGAAUGAGUAUGCCAAGUCCCAUGGAAAGACACAGUUCUCUAUCUACCAGGGUAGAUGGAAUAUUAUGGUCCGAGACUUUGAGCGAGAAAUUCUACCAAUGGCACGCCAUUAUGGCAUGGCCCUGGCUCCAUGGGACGUUAUUGGCGGCGGCAAGUUCCAGACCAAGGCACAGCUCGAGGAGCGUAAGAAGAACAACGAAGGCUUGCGCAGCCUCAUGGGUGGUGAACAAAAUGAAACCCAGGAAAAGAUCUCGGCCGCUCUCGAGAAGGUGGCCAACGCUCACGGCCUGGAGACUCCAUCCGUGAUAGCUCUGGCCUAUGUCAUGGCUAAGGCGCCGAACGUCUUCCCGAUUGUCGGUGGUCGCAAGGUGGAACAUCUGCAACAGAAUAUCAAGUCGCUCGAAAUCAAGCUGUCGCAGCAGGAGAUCGAGGAGCUGGAAAGUGUGCUAGACUUCGACCCCGGCUUCCCGAACACUUUCAUCGGACCCGAUCCGCAUGUCGUUGGUAAGGCUUCGGGACUGCUUGGUGCUGUUGCGCCGAUGUCGUUUGUUUUGGCGGGAAAGCCUAUUGGUCAUGAGUAGACUUAGAACGAACAUGUAUGAUGCUACGCCUAAGAUAGAUGAAUAGAAUAACAACAGACGAUGACUGUGGGCUUCCGAUGUGAGCUCAAAUCGUGAACCAGAGGAUUCGCG